GUAGAAAACCAGGAAGUGCUACUGCACCAGCAUCCCUGCCUGGAAGGAGACAGACCAGAUCCACUGGCAAGGGCUACAAAGGGAUCAGCUGGCAUUGCAGAGGAGACACAAAGCAGAUGGAGACACCCCCUGCUCCAGCCUGGGAAGGAUUCUCUCCAGGGGAGGGGAUUGGAUCAGGGUGGUGGGGAGCGAGCCCUUAAUGUUGUUCUGUGAUGGCUCACCUCGGAUUAGCAAUGAUUUCUGAUCUAAGGCUUAAGAAUUGCCCUUGGCCUGGUAUCGAAAAGCUAUGGUGUUGCUAUUUGGCAUUUGACUGUCAAGUGUUUUGUCUUUAUUUAUGGUGUUGAUGGGGCUUUGAAAUCACCCAGAAGCCCUGCUGGCUAGCUACAAAAGCUGUGUUUGAGUGUAGAAAGCAAGCAAGCAAGGACUAUGUUCUGUUACCCCUCUGGCCUGCAAAGGCCCCCUGAAGGAGCCAUCGCGUGACUGGAUUUCUCAGAUUCGGAGUCGCUUGUAAAAACUUGAUUCUUUUUUAUGCAGCAUCUUGAAGCAUUCUUGGUAUCAUUUUUUCCCCUGCUCCUAAACAGCUUGGGUGUGCAGGAAUUUUUACAUUAACCUGCAGGUAAGAAUGGCACCCACUUGCAAGAUUCAAAGAAUCAAGCAGGACUGUAUGGCCGUGCUUUGAGCUAAUUGGAUAUUGAUGUUCGUGGGGAGUGAGCUAAUCAUUUGUUCAGACUGAGGCACUAGGAACAGAAUGCUGCCCUGGGGACUCCCACCAGCCAGCUUACCAGCAGAGUGUGCAGGGGGAAGGGGUGGAGAGAUUACUGAAAGGCUUAGGAGGUAAACUGGACCAUGUUCAGCCAGUCUGGAUAUCAAGCUCUUCCACUGGGGGACUUUGACCGUUUCCAGCAGUCCAGCAUUGGAGUCUAUGGAUCUCAGAAGAGCUUAUUUUCCUUUGGGCAUGUGCAAGACCCAUGGGACCAGGUCCCGCAAAUGAAAGGUUCCUCCCAGGGCUGGCUGUCAUGGAUUUGCCAUGGGAUUGUCACUUCUUUGGCCUUCCUGCUGAUGGUCAUCACCUUCCCCAUCUCUGGAUGGUUUGUCUUGAAAGUAAUGGGCACCUAUGAUAGUCCCUGCCUAUUCCGCUUGGGCCGGAUCCGAGCCCCCCAGGAGCCAGGCAUGGUCCUGCUGUUGCCGUUCAUAGAUCACUGGCAACUAGUAGACUUGAGGACAAGAGCCUUUAAUGUGCCACCGUGUAAGCUGACCUCCAAGGAUGGAGCCGUGAUCAGCGUGGGGGCUGAUAUCCAGUUCCGGGUGUGGGAUCCAGUGCUGUCUGUCAUGAUGGUGAAGGAUCUGAAUGCAGCCACCCGAAUGAUGGCCCAAAACGCCAUGACCAAGACCCUGCUGAAGAAGGACCUGAGGGAGAUCCAGAUGGAAAAGCUGCGGAUUGGGGACCAGCUCCUGCUUGAAAUCAAUGACAUGACCAAGUCUUGGGGCCUGGAAGUGGAUCGGGUUGAGCUGAUUUUGGAGGCAGUGCUGCAACCCUCCCAAGAGAGUCUGUCCGGACAUCUGACCAUGACACCCCUGAUCUCUGGGUUUGCACUAGAUAGCACCAUUCAUCAGCUGGCUGCUCACUUCUUUAGCAACAGCAUGGCGCCUGGUGCCCCCGAUCCCAUCUUUACACCUUUGUCCCCAGCAGACAGCGUGGUGACAGUGAAUGAGGCAGAACCACCAGCUCCUACCAUCACCACCACCACCACCAGUAGCAGCAGCAGGAGGAAACCUAGCCCUGAGGAGUUGCUGUCAGCUGUGGAGCUGUUCCUGUCUGAGUCCUUGGUUGGUGCAGUUGGAGCUUCCUACCAGUUCAACAUCAUACUUCUGAGUGGUGCCUGGAGCACCUACUUCAUAGAUCUCACUGCAGGCAGUGGGCGGAUUGGCCUUGGGGACGCUCAGCGCAACCCUGAUGUGAUUCUGGAGAUGACGGAAAAUGACCUGCAGUCUUUCUUCUCAGGUGAACUUCAUCCUCUGAGUGCCUACAUGAGCGGGAGGUUGCGUGUCAAGGGCGACCUGAGUGUUGCCCUGAAACUGGAGGAGCUCUUCAAGGCAAUGAAACAACAUAGAGAAAGAGAAUGUGUGUGUGAGUGUGCGCACGCAUGUGUGAGAAGGCAGGAGAAGCGAAGAGUCUGGCAGGGGAACCAUCUGAUUGUGAAGGGUGUGAGGAUUCAAGCUCUUCUAUUCUCUAUUUCAUGCUCUGGGGAAUUGAUCAGUGCUCAGGGAAGCAGGAAGACAGGAUCAAAGGAUCUUUGAUGGGAUCCCCGGGGUGAAUCCUGGGACCAUGGGACCACUGUACCCCCUUAACUCUCCAGCCUGGGCUGUCUCUCACAAUGCUUUGCUAAUGACAAGUAGCAAACUCCUCUAGGUGCUGUGAUCACUCAGCACAACUGCAUGUGGAAACCCCACACGCAGACAGAUUGCAUGAAUGCUCCCAGAGCCACUCAUGAAUCACAGAGAAAGGCACUAGCCGAAUCCCCCCAGCUCCCAGCACUGUAAUUCAAGAAUAUAUUCAAGACGAGCAGUGCAAGUUUAUUAAUUGGUUUGUCACUUCAAUGGAAAGUGGAUAUACACCAGCCUUUGCAAACCUGAGCAGAUU